CUUUCCUUUUCCCUCUCUCCAUAAUUUUUGCUCUUCUCUGUCUAAAGGAUUUCUGUUGCUUUUCUCUUUCAAAUACUUCAGUUCCAUUUUUGCAGGUUUGUGUGUGUGUGUAUAUAUAGAGAGAGAGAGGGGAGGAGAGAGAGAGAGAGAGAGCUGUGGUGGUAUUGUAAUGGCAAUGUGGGAGUGGAAGAAAUCAUUGUCUCUGUUUUCGGUGCUGCUGUUCGUGCUUCUCGUUGGAGCUCUUGCUAGAGUUCAAAAAGAUGAAGCUACGCUGAAUUUGAGUGCUGCGGAGAAGGAGUUGCAGAGCUCUUCAACCUCAACAAUGGCGGAAAAGUUGGAAGGUUUGAAUGAACAUGCAGUGGAUGACCCAGAAGAGGUUGCAAGAAUGGUUGAAAUGGCCACCAGAAACAGCACUGAGAGGCGAAAACUUGGGUUUUUCUCAUGUGGAACUGGUAACCCUAUUGAUGACUGUUGGCGAUGCGACCCCAAUUGGCAGAGGAACCGGAAGCGGCUUGCUGACUGCGGUAUUGGUUUUGGGCGCAAUGCCAUUGGUGGCCGUGAUGGCCGAUAUUAUGUUGUCACUGAUCCAGGUGAUGACGAUGCCGUUAACCCCAAGCCUGGCACCUUGCGCCAUGCUGUUAUCCAGGAUGAGCCUCUCUGGAUCGUGUUCAAACGGGACAUGGUCAUAACAUUGAAGCAAGAACUGAUCAUGAACAGCUUUAAGACAAUAGAUGGUCGUGGAGUCAAUGUCCACAUUGCUAAUGGAGCAUGCAUCACAAUCCAAUUCAUCACCAAUGUCAUCAUCCAUGGCCUCCACAUCCACGAUUGCAAACCAACUGGGAAUGCUAUGGUGAGAAGCUCACCUUCUCAUUAUGGUUGGAGGACUAUGGCUGAUGGUGAUGGCAUUUCUAUCUUCGGGUCUAGCCACAUUUGGGUGGAUCAUAAUUCACUCUCAAACUGUGCUGACGGGCUUGUAGAUGCUGUCAUGGGAUCCACUGCCAUUACCAUUUCCAACAAUUAUUUCACCCACCACAAUGAGGUUAUGCUAUUGGGUCAUAGUGAUUCUUAUGUGAGAGACAAGCAAAUGCAAGUGACUAUUGCAUACAAUCAUUUUGGGGAGGGCCUCAUCCAGAGAAUGCCAAGGUGCAGACACGGAUACUACCAUGUGGUGAACAACGACUACACUCACUGGGAAAUGUAUGCCAUAGGUGGAAGUGCAGACCCCACCAUCAACAGCCAAGGCAACAGAUACCUUGCACCAGUCAAUCCCUUUGCAAAAGAGGUGACGAAGAGAGUGGAUACAGCUGAAGGUCAAUGGAAGAGUUGGAACUGGAGAUCGGAAGGUGACCUAAUGCUCAAUGGGGCUUAUUUCACCCCAUCUGGAGCUGGAGCUUCAGCCAGCUAUGCCAGAGCAUCAAGCCUUGGAGCCAAGUCUUCCUCCAUGGUUGGAACCAUUACUGCUGGUGCUGGUGCCCUCGGUUGUCGUCGGGGCCGCCAGUGCUAACAUCCUCAGCCUAUUACAUAAAAUAUCAAAAACAAGUCUUCUUUUUUCCCUUUUCCUUCAUCUUCCUACUCUUUCUCCUGUUAAAUUCCUAUUUGCUACUCCAAGUGCUACUUAUACCCAUAUCACACAUCGAUUAUUUGCCUGUUUCGUCCCUUCACAUUGGCAAGUGUACAUUUUUUACACAUGUCCAAAACCCCACCAUGCCCUCCUCUCAUCCCAUUAUUGUGCAACCUCGGCCUGCUUCGGUUGAAAGGAAAAAAUGGUGUUCUGGAAACAGGUGCGGAAGCGUUGUCCAAAUCUUAUACUUGUGGCAGUGCCAAUAUUUCUCUGCCUAUUGUCCACUUCCUAACCACAUAUCUGCUGUUCAGUCCUCCACAAGAAUUGUGUUGGUCUUUGUUCUUUACAUGAACUAAAACAAUAUUGUAUUUUCUUUCUUCGUUCUUCUAUUUAGCUUUCCGGAGUCAUACAAGCUAUAGUGUGAAUGUCAAAAACUUAAGUUAUGGACAAAAAAGAAAAAGCAAGAGAGAGAGAAAGAGAGAGAUCUUUCUUAUGUAAUACAAGAUGCAUAGUAGCAAGUUUCAUUGCCUUUAUAUUUUAUUACUUUUUUUCGCUUUGUCUUUGUCAAUGAAAGCAAUCUUUCUUGUUUUGUUUGCAUGAUGGAUUACGUAUAUAAUUAACAUCAAUAUAUAUUACCAGACA